CCCGGACACUCUCCUUGAGAAACCCCUCAGAGACGAGCACGCUCAGCAGGUCAGAUCGGAGAAACUCCAUGUUUCUGGAGGGAGAGCGGAUUAUGAACGCGUUUGGACAGCAGCCGUCGAGCCAACAGACUAGUCCCCUUCAGCAGCAGGACAUCCUGGACAUGACCGUGUACUGCGACUCCAACUUCAGCAUGUACCAGCAGAACCUGCACCAUCACCACCACCACCACCACCACCAGAGGCCGCCUGCGCAUCCCUCCAGCUACGGGCUUGGAGAGUACAGCUCCCCCAGCACCAACCCUUACCUGUGGAUGAACAGCCCGAGCAUCACCUCAACCCCGUACCUCUCCAGCCCAAACGGAGGCUCUUAUAUCCAGUCGGGAUUUGGAUCCAACCAGCGGCAGUUUCUCCCUCCUCCUACAGGCUUUGGGAGCGCGGAUCUCGGAUGGCUCUCCAUCUCAAGUCAGCAAGAACUUUUCAAGAUGGUCCGACCGCCGUACUCGUACUCAGCGCUGAUUGCGAUGGCUAUCCAGAACGCGCAGGAUAAGAAACUGACGCUCAGUCAGAUUUAUCAGUACGUGGCUGACAAUUUUCCCUUUUACAAGAAAAGCAAAGCCGGCUGGCAGAACUCUAUAAGACACAAUCUGUCAUUAAACGACUGCUUUAAGAAAGUUGCACGGGAUGAAGAUGAUCCAGGGAAGGGAAAUUAUUGGACUUUGGACCCAAACUGCGAGAAAAUGUUCGACAAUGGCAACUUCAGAAGGAAGAGAAAAAGAAGAGCCGACGGAAACGCGAUGUCUGUGAAAUCCGAGGACGCGCUUAAAUUGGCGGACACUUCCAGUCUGAUGAGCGCGUCUCCGCCGAGCCUCCAAAACUCCCCGACCUCCAGCGAUCCCAAAUCCUCUCCGUCUCCGUCCGCGGAGCACAGCCCGUGUUUUAGCAACUUUAUCGGUAACAUGAACUCCGUCAUGUCUGGAAACGGGGUCCGAAGCAGAGACGGCAGCUCUGGACAUUUGGGGGAUUUUACGCAGCACGGCAUGUCUGGACAUGAAAUCAGCCCUCCAUCAGAACCAGGCCAUAUCAACACCACCAGACUCAACUACUAUUCAGCAUCACACAACAACAGUGGCUUGAUCAACUCAAUCUCCAACCAUUUCAGCGUCAACCAUCUCAUAUACAACCGGGACGGAUCAGAAGUUUAGAGAGAUUAUUAAAUCUCCGAUGUGUGCUCUGUGAGUACAUGGACAAGCUGUAGUUCAUUUUUAAAUUCAGUGUGUGUGGACUUUGGAUGCAUCAAGCUAGGAUGUGCAUCUUUUACAUGUAUUCUGUGAUGAAUACAGUAGUCAACAUUUUAAACAGAUCAAAAAGUUGUCUUUAAGCUAUUGAACAACACCCAAUUCUUGUCCUGGGACUUUUUGUGAUCCACUUCAAAUGUUUACUACUGUAAAUACGUCUAGGCCACUAUAACAAGUGCCUUGUUGGUAAUUUUGUAGAACAAAUGUAGAUAUAUUUUAUU